UCCGAAGUCGCAGAUCUUGUGUAAACAAGAGCAGCCAACCUAUCCCACUCAGCAGAACAAGCUUUGUGAUCCUGGCAGGGCUCGCAGCACCAGAGAUCCGCAAUAUGCGCGUUUUACCAUCGAAGCUCUGAUUCGUAAACCACCUGUGUUAGCUCAUUGUUCAUUCCUUCGAUAAUUUGAAUUUCCCGAGGGACAGGAGAUGCGCGACAAUGGCUGAAGGACGUCACCUGUCUGGCUAGCUAUAGCUGCCUAAAACGCUGGGGUACCACUUGGAUCACAAAGAUGCAUUUUCUGAAGAGGUGCUCGGUGUUUAAGAUUGUGCUGAGCGCUUUGUUGAUCGUGGCUUUGCUGCAGCUCAUUUAUCUGUCUCUUCUGUCCCGGCUGCACGGAAAACAGCAGCGCUACAAAUACUCGGAGCUUUUCGAGAGCAACGGAAACCAGCGCGGGGGUGUAUUUAUGACUCGUAAAAACGCCAAGAAAGAGCGCUUGAAAUACUCCCUCUCAACCGGCGGCAUAUUUGACUCGAGUGGCCAGUACCGGAUCUAUAAAAACAUCAUCAAGAGCGACUUCUCCUCUCGUCAGCAACCGGAUGGCGAGUCGACGUCUCAGCCCCAGUUUGUUCUGGCGACCCACACCUCCAUCAAUAACCUGCACCAUCUGAACGAGCUGCUGGAGCGCUGGGACGGCCCGUUGUCCGUUGCCAUUUUUGCCCACACACACGUGGUCAAGUUUGCCACGGCACUCAUCUACGCCCUGAGCCUCUUGUGUCCACACAUCCAAGCUCUGGUGGACUUUCACUUAAUUUGCCACUCCGGCGAUCUUGCCACUUUCCCCGAGAACGAUAGGGAGCAUUUCGUGGGCUUGAAGGACUGUCAAGGGGUGUUUGGUAAGCUGGAUAAACACAGGGAUAUGUACCAGAACUAUGCGAUAGCCGGUAACGUGUCAUACCCCAACAACUUGCUGCGUAACGUAGCCAGGGGAAGCAUCGAGGCUGCGUACACGCUCGUCAUCGAUAUUGAUAUGAUGCCCAGCGAAAAUCUGCACGAUCAGUUCCUACAGUUCAUAAAAAGGCGAACUCCUCAGCCAGACGAAGUAUUUGUGCUGCCAGCCUUUGAAAUCCGACACACCCGCAAGAUUCCAGCUAGUAAGAAAGAGCUCCUGCAGCUGUACCAGGUGGGCGAGGUGCGCCCCUUCUACGAGGAGCUGUGCCACAAGUGCCACGCGCCCACGAACUACUCCCAGUGGCUGAACUUGCAUCACCAGGGACCAGGCGACGUUAGCGACAGCGGUGAUCUCGACGUGGCUUACACUUUGUCAUGGACUGACCCCUGGGAGCCCUUUUACAUAGGCAGUCAAGACACUCCGCUCUACGACGAGAGAUUUAGGCAGUACGGCUUUAACAGGAUAAGUCAGGCCUGUGAACUUCAUGUGGCUGGCUAUAAAUUCACUGUGCUAAACAAUGCAUUUCUGGUGCACAGAGGCUUCAAAGUGCCUGGAGAAUUCCAUGCCAGAAAAGAUGAGGAAAACAGACGCAAUCGAAUUCUUUUUCGGCAAUUUAAGGAGGGCCUGAAACUGAAAUAUCCUGAAUCAGCCCAGCAUUGCUGAGGGGACAUUCCAUAUGAUAACAUCACAAAGCCGUGGCCACACAGCAACCAACUCAAGUCUGAAAAGUACAUAGUUGGGUGAAUUAGCUCAGCUUCCCUCAUGGAAAAAGAGGGUUUGCCUAAGAGGAGACUUGGGUGUGUUCAGCGUUCCCCAUUGAGGCUGUGAUUGAAACACAAGAGCUAUUUUUAAACUUACUUACUUUUGCCACAUGGAAAGCCCUACCCUGUACUGACUGAAGUUUUAUCUGUAUGAGGUGAGCAGACCUGAACGUGGUGCCCCAUGGGGUUGUCACAGAAGAGUCCUAAAAUACGACUCCUUUUUUUUUGUGCAUUUGGAAGUAAAAGAGCUUAAAAUGUUUUCUGUAUAGCAUGCCAGUCACUCAGAAGAGCAGCUGACCAAGGCCUCAUCAUGAGUAUGGGACAGCUGUUUCUUGGGGAGCUUCUGGAAAUAGAUCUUCAUUCUUUCUGAAUUCCUUACACGGUGCUGAAACAUUCACUGCAGGAUAGAGUGACUUCAUGUCAGCCAAAGCUGUAAUCAUGGGGGUAUCACUGGAAUGGGGGGGGGGGGUGAAGGUUGACAAGGGCGUCAAAAAAGUGUUUCAAGGACUUGUAUUUUUUCAAGUUUUAGAUUUGUAAGCCACUUUGACCCAUUUACUGUCAGUGUCUGGAAUUGGUAAAAUAUGAAUUGUAUUGUAAAAGUCACUUUUCAUGUUGCUAUACUUUGAUUUUAAGUCUUAACUAAUUUUGUCCAAUCUGAGUGGGGAAAAAGUGACAAAAAACUGCAUUUGAUAAAUCCAGAGUAAGAAGUAAAUAAGGUUAUUGGAAACAAAAUAUCUCAGCUGAUAUUGGAAUGGCUAUGUCAUUUACCAUUUUUCCAGCACCAGUUAAUCUUCCUGUAUUUGAGUCACAGAUACCUGGAAAAUUAAAAUAAAAUGUGUGAAUAAAGUGUUCUGUCCAUAAAAAAUGG